AAAAAUGAGUUCUAAUAAGAAUAUUUUUAUUGAGAAUGAAGGUGAGAAUACUGAAGAUGCUGUUCAAACUGAUGAUGGCACUGCUACAACGGUUGAAGAGUACAAGAUUAGCUCUUUCGAUCCUACUAGUGAUAUCUCUGAUCCCAAGGUAGUAGAAAUUUGGGUAGAUAAUAUACUUAAGGAUGCAGAGUCUGUGGAAGAUUAUCAUAAGUUUCUGAAAUAAAAAUAGUUUAAGCCCUUUGGUAAGAUAUGGAAUCGAUAGAGAUCACUUGAAAUACCUUGGAGUGGCCGAUCAUAACAUUGAUAGAUUAUACAGAGCAUUCUUUGUCUAUAGUAUUGGAUUCUAUGAGCUUCUUCAAAGUAUCACUGUUGGAAUUAAGGCGAGUAAUUCUAUAAACCAUUCCGAAGUUAUGGGGUCUCUCUGGAGAGUAUACAGCAUUCUCCUAGAAUUUUGAUGUAAAAGUGAUUAUAAACUUCUCAUUUCAAAGAUCAAAUCAGACCAUGAGAUUGAAAAAGAAGGACUUAAAGACAGAAUUCAAUGGCAUCAUGAAAGGUUUCUCGAGCAAGAAAUUGAAUUUAGGAAAAAGUUUAAAGAAGCAGAGAUUGAAAAUGCAACUUAUCUGAAAGAGAAAGCAACUACAAAGAGAUACAUCGCUAAACUUAAUGAUAUUAUUACUGAUCUCAGGGCUAAAAUUGAAGAGGAGACCAAAGUUAGGAAAGUGUUUGAGAAUAAACUAAACGACCUACAUUCAAUAGUUAGGGAUCGAGAUGCAACCUACACUCGUGCAAAAGUGGAUCUUGAUCAUUUAUUACAGGAUAAUAUUAGCAAAGAGGAUCAACUAUUCAAACUCCUGAAAGAAUACAAGGAAAUUUCUGAGAAAUAAAACUGAAUUUCAGGUUCAAUAUGAUGCUACACUACAAGAUCUGAACAAGACUCAGGAUAAUCUUGACAGAGAGAGACUCGAACGACUUAAAGAGGUGAAGAAUCUUAAGAAUGAAUUAAAGACCACCAAAACAACUCUAUUCAAAAUUGAGAAGAACUAUAAGGAAAAUCUUAGUGAGCUCCAAAAACUGAGACAAGUUCACCAUGAAAUGUCUAAGAAUUAUUCGGAUGAUAAGGAAACCCUUAAGAAAUAUAACAGAGAUUAUCAGAGUAUCACCAAGCUGGAGUCUGUCAUUGAAAGUCUUCGGAAAGAAUGAAAUGAGCUCACUGAGGACCUAGCAGGAACUAGAGAAAGAGAAAUCCAGUACAAGAAGAUAGCAGAAGAUGCUAAGAAAGAAAAGGACGAGAUCAGAGAAGAGCUUAACCAGUUUAUCGUUAAAUAUUCUGGGUUGCAAGGAAGAUACGUAGAGGUCGAAAAUCAUCUAAACAACAAAACCCAGCAAUUAAAGGACCAAGGAAUCCGACUCGAUGAGACUGAGAAGGAAAGAGUAAAAAUUCAUGAAAUAUCUGAACAAGCGAAGGCUAAGAAUUUACAUCUAGAAAAAGAGCUUAAGGAGAAGUGCAAGAUGGUUGAUAUCCAGCGAGAAUCAAUGAAUCGUCUAAAGAACAAGUUGAUUCAAGCAGAGAAUGAAUAUGAUGCGCUCAAUGGAAAACAUAAUACAGAUAGAGAGGUGCUACAGACAGAAAUUUAUCAGCUAAAGCAUGAAGUCAGCGUUUUGACUGAGAAAGUUAACGUACUCAAGAAUUCAAGAGGACAUUUGCUUAAAAAUAUGGACACUGAGGCCCAAGAAAAUGAAAAAUUGCGAGGAAAAGUUCAUAAUAUGAGGAAUAAGCUCUCUGAUGCAUUCGCUGAUAAAAAGAAUAUUGAAGGAGAGCGGAAUAAAUUUGAUAUGAUGCGAAUUCGGACAGAAGAAAUCUUAUUAGAGAAAGAACAACAAUACACCGAUCUUUUCAAGCAAAAGGAGAGUUUAAACCUGAUGCUAAGUACAAACACUGAGAUGCAUGAUCAUUAUGAGAAGAAAACAGGUGAAUACAUUCAGAGAAUUAGAAACGAAAAUAAAAAAUUGAAACUUCUGAUCGAACAAGAGAAGGAUAGAGGAUUAAUGAUGCAUGAAGAUAUCAGAACAAGAUGUGCCUAUGCAUGUCUAGAGUAUCAAACUAUGCUGCUUGAGAAGAUAGAGGCCCAAAAAUAGCAUGUCUGGUAAAAACGCCAAAAUACACUCGCUUGAAUGUGAUGUAGAAGUAGCUCGUAUAAAAAUAAAAAGCCUAAUGGAAGAACUUGAGAUUGCUAAGAAAUCUCAUAAUGAGCUAGAAAGCAAGUAUAAUGCUAAAAGAAAUCAAAUUGCUCUACUAAAGAAGGAACUUACAAACCUAAAAAGCGAGAAUGAAAUAUUUAGGAGGGUGAUCUAUGACCCAAAUGUGAGUAAACCUUUACCUGAGGAAAGGUCUCAAUCUGAUCUUAGUAAGAGUGUUUCAAGGGCGAUUGAGAUCAAUAAUGGAGACCUAGUCCAAAUCAAAAAUGUUAUCUCUGAGACCAACUCUGACUCUUCUUACAAAGGUGAGACUCGUGAUGUUGGGGUCCUUACAGAUGCAUGAAAACGGAAAGAUAACUUUAUGCAAACAGAAGCUCAUGGAUUUAUUGAAAUACAAGAUAUUAUUAGAAGAAACUCUUUUAUCAAUGUGAAUAGGAAAUUCAGUUCAAAAACAGCGGUUGGGUUCUGCUACAAUCCUGAUGAUGGAAGGAUAUCUAAGGAUACCCAUUCUGAGACUGAGAUGAAGAAUUAUAUUAUUCCUCCUAAUGUUGGGAACAAAAACAAGACUUUAAAAAAUAAUGAGUAUAAAGACAUUGAACAGAUAAUUAACUCUGAAUCUGAAAGCGUAAGUAGAGAAACAAAUCCAAAGAUGAGAAAUAAAGAUUUAGAAGACUCGAUAAAAAUAGAUGUAUCUCCUUUAGAAAAAGUAACCACUAUAAAGUCAAUACAAAAUAAGAAAGGAAAUAUUGUGGUAUCGAAAGUAGUCGAUUGAGUUCCUCAAUCUUCUAAAGACAUGAAGAAGAGGAGAGUAAUGCAACCAGAAAUUGUUGACAAGACCAGAGCUACUACCUCUAAGAACCAGAUGAAACCAUUGAUGACUCCUAAUUAUCUAAUUUUGCAAGGAAAAAGAGCUAAAUAUUUGAAAUCUACUUCGAGGUAUAAAAAGAAUCCUUCAAGUAUCGAGGGAGAAUUUAAAAGUACUCUGAUGUCAGAAAGAGUCUCUAGAAAUACAUCAACUGAUGAACUUAAAGAAACUAUGAAAUCAGUUUACGGAAAGGGCAAGUAAAAUAACUAAUCCAUAGACCCAAAAUCAACAAAAAGAGCAUUUUCUCCUAUAACUAAAGCUUCUAGUUUCCACAACCUUAAACCCAUAGACCUAAAGAAACUUCAAAGAACAAAAAGUCCUCCCCUAACAACCCCCAGCCACCCAACCAGAUAUUUCAAUACAAGGAACAAAAAACUGGUAUCAUCCAGGCAAGAUUUGAGAGAUCAUAUUAAAAGAGCUGUUAGCAGACAAUAACUUCAAUUUUGU